AUGCCAAGGCAGCAACACCUGCACAGUCUUGUCUCAUGCCUUGAUUCUCAUGUUCAGCCCCCUUUCGGUAUCCCGGUGGCUACCGUUCGCCAUAUUGAGGCUAGCUUCGAGUUUAUGCUAACAGAGUCGGACUCUUUGGGGUUUGCGCAAAAUUGCUAUGACCUUGGACGGUACCCGGCUGCUAUCCCCACCGAUGUGUGUACUCGCAGCGGACCGCUCUUUCAUUAUUCCCUGGGUGAUAACGCGGAAGGAUCGUUGUCAAAUCCGGAUGAAGACUGGAUCUCGCUCGAAAAUGAUCCUACCUAUUCGAGCCAAAGGUCGAUCUCAAGUUAUAGCUCAGAUGGCUAUGGCACAGUGGCUCAUUUAGAAACAUCUGAGACCGGGUUUCCAAUCAAAACGGUCCGGUGCUACGCUUCCUUGCUAGAUUUAGGACUCCGCAACUUCCUAUGCCAUCAGCCUUUCCGACUCGAGCCCGACGUCGAGGGCGGAAAUACAAAUGAGAAUCCCGAUGUUCUCUCCAAUCUUGCAUCUCGUAUACUUAACCUGGAAUAUAAUCGUGCUAUUGCGCAACGGAUAUCUUUGAUCCCAGUGAUAGCAAAAGGGAUACAUUCCCUGUUGUCGACUACCCAAUCACCGGAACUCAAGUCAAGGCUUGGUAGUCUUGCCAGGACAUACUUCGACAGAUAUUGCCUCCAGGAUUCCAGUGUAUCGGGGACCACCAACCCUACCCCCGAUACCAGGACAAUAUUGAAAUGUCUUCUCUGGACAAACGCACAAAAUGGCCUAUCCAGCUCGGAUCUGAUGAGCAAGCUCAGCCCGUUGCAAACUGGCAUACCUUGUUCUAUAUCGCCUUCGAGGGGGUGGACUCACUAUGACUCCUUGCCCGAAACAAAACCUACCAUGGACACGCCUUUCGAAGUAUUUGCACAGUGUCUCUUCGACGACGGAGGAAGAGAUGAGGAAGAGCUUUUCUUUAACCAUCUCGAUACGUCUGACGGAAACCAAUCGUUGGACGGGCUUCUCGAAGUAGCAACGCAAUCGCCUGCCCAAUUCUCAUCACCUAUGCUCGACGGCGCCGUUGUUGAUGAAACCCUGGAAUAUGAGAUCGAGAUGCUCGAUCAAUCCUCGCAGCCGUCGCUUUCCCCCAAAUUUCCUACUUCUUUUGCAAAUUCAGACCCAAUCUUAGAUGAUGAGGACGAUGGGCAUAUGAGAAUAGAUGCAGACCACGAUAUCAGCUUCAACAACAGCUUCAGCAGCAAUAUCACCCACUUUCCUGUGUGUAGUAAUGAAGAAAUGCUCUUCUAA